GCUUGAUACUUAAGACGCUGCGUGUCUCUGCCUCUCUGCAACUUCCUCACACCAACAGAGAUACACUGCACACAGCUACCCGCCACCCCGUAGUGCUUGUAUAUCGACAUGACCAUGGCCGCAGACGUCCCAUCACCGCAGCGCUCGCGAGCAUCGUCGGGAACUAAAUCGCCACUAUCGCUGGACCUUUCCGACUUGCCCCCGCUGGUGCAACCUUCCCCUCCCUCGAAUACCCUCAUAAUAACAAACCUCGUUGAACCGGAGAUCUUCGUCCCUUCACACCUCAUCCAGAUCCGCGAGACGAUCAACAAGUAUGCCGCGAUUCACACCUGGGCGCCGCUUAAAUCCUUCCGCCGCAUCGUGGUCUCAUUCUUUGACACCGACUCCGCCAUUACCAUCCGCCAGAAGAUCGAUGGCGAGACUAUCAUGGGCUGUCGCGUACGAGCAUACUUUGGAAUGAACACCCCGCUGAAUCCCACCGACCAGCACCUGCCCCUGCCUAAGUCCGACAAACUGUUCUUUAUCUCGCCGCCGCCAUCGCCACCAAUGGGCUGGGAGAUGCAUAAUGAGGAUGCACCGAAUAGGAUCGUGCAUGCGGAGGAUCUGGCUACAGCGCUUGCGAGGCUACGGGCGGAUCACUACGACGCACCCUCACCCACGACCGAGGAGGGGAACCCAGAGACGAGUCCUAUCGUUAGGAGGCGGAGGACAGGCAGCUCGACGAUUGUAUACCACCCCGACGACCACGGCGACAGCCCGAAUCUCCCUGCCAUCUCGGUCGAAGACACGACCGAGAGCCCCGUGGCGAUGACUCCGACGGUGGAUGCGAUGGAAGGCGUUGAGGGUCCGAUCGCCCAGACAAAAGCACAGGGCAAGGCUGUCUCUACGUCUAGACCUCCGGUGGAACUCAUGCACCACUGAUUUCUCUCUCCUCUCUUCUCUGUAUUAUCUAUAAAAGCAUCCUGGCGAAAGCGGAGCAUGUAACGGCGUUGUAGUACAACGGUUUCGGAAAGGCAAGUCCCGUGGGUUUCGGGAUAGCCUCUGGGAUAUUUCCUAUCGGUUCGAUGAGACAGACCUAGGUAUUAAGGUACAUGGAUACGUUGGUAUCUAAUGCAGUGCUCCUGCCACAUGCGUUGAAUAACAGGCCUGGAUCUCCGCAAGCGGAGGCAGGCAUUUUUUGACAUCUAUCCGCGGACUCGAUGGCAUUGUAUAUCAAGAGGACCCAUGUAUAAUCUAAUUGUGACCAUUUGAACUGGCAAAUUUCACGUCCAGUUCCUACAAAGGAGGCCU